GACCCAGGUGCCCUGACGGAAGGAAGGCGGCACCUUCACUGAGCACAAAGGAGUCCGGGCCCCAGGGAGUGGGGAGCAGACGGACCAUGAGCCGAGGGAGGUUUGGACGGAUCAAGAACACCUGGAGGGCGCUGGAGGAAGCUGGCUUCGAGAUCCAGGCCAAGCCUAUAUACGGUGGAUGGCUUUUACUAGCUCCAGAGGGCACGGAUUUCGACAACCCUGUGCAUCGCUCCCGGAAAUGGCAACGUCGCUUCUUCAUCCUUUACGAACAUGGUCUUCUCCGCUACGCCUUGGACGAGAUGCCCACGACUUUGGCACAAGGAACCAUCAACAUGAACCAGUGUACGGAUGUUGUGGACGGAGAGAAUCGAACCGGGCAGAAGUUCUCGCUGUGCAUCCUGACACCUGAGAAGGAGCACUUCAUCCGAGCCGAGAACAAGGAAAUCAUAAGUGGGUGGUUGGAGAUGCUGGUGGUCUACCCAAGGACAAACAAGCAGAAUCAAAAGAAGAAAAGGAAAGUGGAGCCCCCAACGCCACAGGAGCCUGGUCCAGCAAAGAUGGCCGUGACCAGCAGCAGCAGCAUCCCCGGCGCUGAGAAGAUCCCAACCACCAAGUCCACCCUUUGGCAAGAAGAACUGAGAAGCAAAGACCAGUUGGAUGGGAAUGUGGGCAUCGGCUCGGCCCCUGGCCCUUUGCCAGGGCAGGCACCCCCAGCCUGUUCCCUGAAGGACUCACUCCUGGAGAGCAAAGAAGAUGAGGCUGCCAUGAACGGUGACCGCAACGACUGCGGGAGGAAGACGCGGGUAGAAAGUGGCUACUUUUCCUUGGAGAAGACCAAGCAGGAGGUCAAAGCAGAGGAACACCAGAUGCUGAACCUGCCGUCUCCGCCGAGCCCCUGCACGCCCAACCACAGGUACAGUGAUCUCAAAUCUCAGCAGCCGAGCGAUUCCUUCCCUUCUUCAGGUACCUGGCCAGCCGGCCGAAUGGUGCACAGCUUCUCUCUCAAUUCCCUGGACGUCCGAGGCCUCCGGCUCUGCAAGCACAAGGACUCCGGCAGCCGCAACGGGACGAGGACGGAGGAGAGGCGCAACGGCCCCAUGGCCUUUAAAGUCAGCCGCAAAUACUCCACCCUGGCCGAUGUGCCCAAGGCGAUCCGCAUCAGUAACCGCGAUGCUUUUCAAGUCGAGCGGAAGCGGCUGGAGCGGAGCUCCCGGGCGAGGAGUCCUGGGCGAGAAGAGGUAGCUCGGCUGUUUGGGAAUGAGAGGAGGAGGUCCCAAGUAAUUGAAAAAUUUGAAGCAUUGGACAUUGAGAAUCCGGAACACAUGGAAAUCAACGCUUCCUCCGGUCUCUCCAGCGAAACCCGGCAGGGCAGGAGUGAAAAAAGGGUUUUCCCUAGGAAACAGGAUUUGCUUGCUGAAACAGCAAGCGGGACCAUCGUGGAUGUGUCAACUUCUACUAUGUCUCCACAUCGGAGAGCGAAAUCGCUGGACCGAAGGUCUACAGAAUCCUCCAUGACUCCGGAUUUGCUGAACUUCAAAAAGGGAUGGCUGACAAAACAGGAUGAAGAUGGGCAGUGGAAGAAGCACUGGUUUGUGCUGACGGAUCAGAGCCUGAGAUACUACCGGGAUUCAGUGGCAGAGGAGGCAGCCGAUUUGGAUGGGGAAAUUGACUUGUCAGCGUGUUUUGAUGUCACGGAAUACUCCGUCCAGCGAAACUAUGGUUUCCAGAUUCAUACUAAAGAAGGCAGAUUUAUUCUUUCUGCUAUGACAUCUGGAAUCCGCCGGAACUGGAUCCAAACAAUCAUGAAACAUGUUCGUCCCACAGUCGCUCCAGAUGUGACCAGCUCCCUGCCCGAGGAGAAGAGCAAAAAUGGCACCUCCUUUGAGACUUGUCCCAAGCCAAGCGAGAAGCAGGAGAUGGAGCAGGCCGAGAUUGACCCCGAAUACAAGCGCAGUCGAGCCAGGGAACGCCGAAGAGAAGGUCGCUCCAAAACCUUUGACUGGGCUGAGUUCCGCCCCAUCCAGCAAGUCCUGGCUCAGGAGAGAGCCAACUUGGCAGAGACUCUGAAGGACACCUCCGCUUCAUUCCCCAAGGAGCCCGGCCCCUCGGAAACGGACCCCGGGGAACUGGAGCGAGAACGUGCCCGCCGAAGAGAGGAGAGAAGGAAGCGCUUUGAACACCUGGAUGCUACUGAUGGAGGAAGCCCAGAAGACUUCUCCAGGAUGGAGGUGGAUAGGCUUUCGGGGUUGCCUGCCGGUAUGGAGGCCAAGUCUCAAAGUGUCCAUGUGGAGAUUGAGCAGAGGUGGCAUCAGGUGGAGACCACUCCUCUGCGGGAGGAGAAACAGAUCCCUAUUGCCCCGCUUCAUCUUCCUCAGCCGGAGGAGAACGGCGAGAUACUCCAUAAGCAGCAUCUGACUGUGCUGCUGGAAAAGGAGCUGGAACAGAGUCAAAAGGCAGCUUCGGAGCUCUUGGAACAGAACCGUGUCCUACAAGACCAGCUCAAAGUAGCUUUGGGACGUGAACAAAGUGCUCGGGAAGGUUACGUCCUGCAGACUGAAGUGGCCUCCUCCUCUUCCUCCUCCUCCUCCUCCUCUUCCUCAGGGGCCUGGGAGAGGCUCCAUAAAGUCAACAAAGAUCUCCAGGGCGAAUUGGAAGCCCAAUGCCAGCGGCAGGAGAUGAUCAAUCAGCAGAUCCAGUCGCUCAAACGUAGCUAUGGGGAGGCUAAGGACGUCAUCCGACAUCAUGAAGCGGAGAUCCAGAGCUUGCAAGCCAGGCUCAGCAAUGCGGCUGCCGACCUCUCCAUCAAGGAGCAGACCUUGGCCAAGCUGAAGAGCGACCUGAAGGCCGAGAAGAAGAAGACCGAGGAGCAGAUGGAGGAAUGGCAGCACAGUGAAACGACCCUGAAUUCCCAGCUGAAGGCUAGCGAGCAGAAGCUGAAGAAGGCAGAAGCGCUCCUGCUGGAGAAGACCCAAGAGCUGAGAGAUUUAGAGAUGCAACAGGCUUUGCAGAGAGACUACCAGAAAGAAGUCCAACGUCUCCAGGAUCGCAUCGCCGACCUGAGCCUGCAGCUGAGCGCCGGAGAACAAUCCCGAAUGCUGAUGGAGAAGAAGCUCCAGAAGAAUUACGAGUCGUUGCUAGAAAGCUGUGAGAGGGAGAAGCAGAUCUUGAUCCAGAGCCUCAAAGAAGCGGAGGAUAAAGCCAGCGAAUACGAGAACCAGCUUCAGAACAAUGAGCAACAGAAGGAGAUCCUUCUGAAGGAGAAGCUGAGCGCCAAGUUUGAAAGCAGCGAACUGGUCCAUCAACUGGAGGAUCAUCUAGAAAUGAAAGAAGCCAGCAUCCGGAAGCUGGUGGAACAUAUCAAGAGUCUGGAGGAGGAAAGGGAUCAAAUUAAAUGCCGAUUCCAGGAGCUGAUGAACCAAGUUGCAGAAUCCGAUAACGAAGUGGCUAAGUUGCAAGCCAAGCUGCAGCUGGAGGAGAGCAGCUACCACGCUCUGGAGCACUCCCACGAGGUGAUGUCAGAGCAGUUCCAUAACUUGCAGCAGAUUUUGAAAGAGAAAGAGGAGGAGUUGAGACAAGUGAGAGAAACCCAUUUGAGCUUUGUGGAGAAGAAAAAGGAGCAGGACUUCCGUGAACCUCCGACUACUGUGGGUAGCAAUCAAGAAGAAAAAGAAGACUACCCAGCCAAAGAAGAGGAUUUGGAAACAUCGGCUGAAGGAAGUUCUGUGCUGAAGGUUGCAACAAACGCAACUGGUAUUGGCCAGGUUGAAGAUCCAGCACAAUAUUCCCCAAAGCAAGGGAGAAGACUCCCAGAUCUGGGAUGCAUGCUGAUUGAGGAUAGUCAUGAAGGGCCCAGUAGCAUCCAGAGCCAAAUCUGUGGACCUACUGUGGUGAGCAUUGAAGAACGUUCUUCUCCAUCGAAGUCGGCAGAUCUUCCAGAAAUAGAGAUGGGUCAGAAAGAUUCAACGAAACUUGAUGCGGAAAUACCAGGAGCCAAAAGACAACGGAUACGUUUCUCCAACAUCCAGUGCCAAAAAUAUAUCCAUCCUGAUGGAUCAGAGAAGAUGUGGGUCAGCAGCACUUCCUCUGACACAAGCCAGGAACGGUCCCUUUCGGAAGAAAGCAUGACUUCUGAACCGGCUUUUUGUUACCCAGCCUCGGGUGAUUCUGAGACCUACUUAUCUAUCAUUCACUCCCUAGAAACCAAACUUUACAUCACCGAAGAAAAGCUCAAAGAUGUAACCAUGAAACUUGAAAGUCAACAGGGCCAAAAUCAAGACGCCCUCAUGGUCCUUCACCACCAGUGGUCUGGCAUCGAAGCUCAGCUUAGAGAACAGCUUCAAGACAGCUUGGCUCAAAUUAGAGAGUUGGUGUCCCAGGUAGAGAGCGAGAAGGAAGAAAAACUCAAGCUGAAUGAGAACCACAUCCAUGAGCUGGGCAAGCUCCAUGAAAAGACCAGCCGAGCAUUAAUGUGCCUAAAUCAGCGCAGAGAAGAACUAAAACGUGUGGGCACCUCUGAUAAAGGAAAAGAGGGAGAGAUGUUCUUGGAUGCUCUGUCCAGCAUUGAAAGCACUUUAAUGGAUGCAAUCCAGAUGUUGCAAAAGGCACUUCCCCCUGCUGAACACCAACCAGGGGAACAUCUGGCAGUCCAAGCUUUGCAGGCUACAGACAUCUGCUGGGAUGAGAACAACGCUUCUUCUCCCCAAGGGAACCAACAGCUGGAAUUUUCUGUAGAAGAACAGCUGAAGUUGCUGUCCAGGAGGGUGGCUUUUGAAGCUUGUUUAAUCAACCAGAUAGCAGAGUCUCUGACAGAUGCCUCUUCAAAGAUCUCAGUAGCUCUUGGAGAGAUUCAUGCCACUCUGGAGACAGUCUUAUUGGAGCCUUCAAAUAUCUCCCAUACUGCUGUGGCUUUGGCUGACGUCUUGUCUAAGAAGCUGUUGUUGGAAGAUGAGUUCUGGAGACAGGUAGAAGAAUUGAGAAAGCACUUGAGGGUCAAAGAAGAAGGGGAGGAAGGCAAGAUGGAGACCUUGGACUUUCCUCCGUAUCUCAUCCAGUCGGUUACUGACAGCACGCUGGUUAAAGCCGAACUGGGUUUCGUGGCUCAGAAAAUGAGAGAAUCCUUCCAUCAGAGAUUAAAAGCCAUGGAAGAAGACCUCCACAACGCCAAAACAGCCCUCCAGCAGCAUAAGUGCAUGUUGGAAGAAAUCAUUAAAGCCUACAAGUCUCCCGAAUUUGAUGGCAUCAUGCACCAGAUCUCCAAAGCUCUUGAGAUCCAAGAAGGCAUUUCGGAAGCAUCCCGAACGACCUGGCACGUCAGCCUUCAGGACCGCAUUUUGGAAGCUCAGAGCAUACAGGAUCUCAGCAGUCAAGCCCUGGCAGCUGUCCAGGAUGAUCUGGCUCAGCAGCUCAAAGACAAAGCCAACGUUCUGAAAGAGAUUGCGGCUGCCCUUCUCUCCAUGUCCCCUGACGACGCCUUAAAAGAUUGUCAGAAGCUCCUCAAAAUCUCCCGCAGUCCUCCUUACGAGAUGUGCAUGGGGGAUCUUGAACGCUACUCUUCUCUGCUCGUUCAGGAUGCGAUUAUUCAGGCCCAGGUGUGUUACGGGGCCUUCAGAGCAAGGCUGGAGUACACAAAGGAAGCCAAGGUGUACAAAGAGUCUCUGCAAAACAUGGACGCCUUGUGCCAGGAGCGCAUACAGGCAGUCACGGUCCUCAGAGAAGAGUAUGAACUGUUGCUGCAGAAACAGCAGAACGAGUUUGCCGAUAUGAUUGCCAUGCUCAAAAGAGAGAACGAAGACCUCAGAGCCAAGGUGGAGCAGUUGGACAACCAGCGGAGGCUCCUGGAAGAGGAGGAACAUAAGCAGAGCCAAAAAAUAGCCGAACUUCAGAGCCAAUAUGACAAGGAGAUGCAGAAGGUGGUUGAGCAGCUCCAUAGGACCGAGGACACCUUGCAGGUGGAACGAAUUGAGGGGAGCCACCAGCUGGAGGCCUUCGUGCAAGAUAAGGAGAACCUGGAGAGAUACCAUCUGGAGCAGAUGCAAAGCUUAGAAGAAAAGUUCCAGGUCAAGAUGAAAGAAAUCCAGGUCCUCCACGAUGAGGAACUGCAGAUCUUGCAGGAACGCUACAACCAGAAUCUCAAGAGCUUGGAAGAAUCGCUGGAGAAGUAUCAGAAGAAGCCUCCUGAAGCCACGGCCAGGAUCAUCUCCAGCGCAGAAGCCCCCGGAGAAGACCAACACGACAACAGGAUCCAGGGCUUGGGGAAUGAUCCCAAUGCCCUCCACGGAUUGAGAGAGCGGAUUCAAGAACUGGAAUCCCAGAUGAAUGUCAUGAGAGAUGAGCUGGAGAACAAGCAGCUGGAAGGGAACGCGCCCACCUUGAGGGAGAAAUACCAGAAGGACUUUGAGAACCUUAAGGCAACAUGUGAACGGGGGUUUGCAGCCAUGGAAGAGACCCACCAGAAGAAGAUCGAGGACUUGCAGAGGCAGCAUCACCGAGAACUGGAGAAGCUGAGAGAGGAGAAAGACCGUUUGCUGGCCGAGGAAACGGCCGCCACGAUCUCCGCCAUCGAAGCCAUGAAGAACGCUCACCGGGAAGAACUUGAACGGGAGCUGGAAAAAACCCACCGCUCCCAAAUUAGCAGCAUCAAUUCAGACAUUGAAGCCUUGCAGAGACAAUACUUGGAGGAGUUGCAAUCUGUCCAGCGGGAACUGGAAGUCCUUUCCGAACAAUAUUCGCAGAAGUGCUUGGAAAACGCUCACCUGGCCCAGGCUUUGGAGGCGGAGAGGCAGGCCCUCCGGCAAUGCCAGAGGGAGAACCAGGAACUCAACGCGCACAAUCAGGAGCUAAACAACCGUCUGGCUGCAGAGAUCACUCGACUACGGACAUUGCUAACUGGGGAGGGUGGCAUGGAAAUGGCCGCCUCUCCUCUCACCCAAGGCAAGGAUGCCUAUGAGUUAGAGGUCCUGUUGAGAGUUAAGGAAUCAGAAAUCCAGUACUUGAAGCAAGAGAUCAGCUCUUUGAAAGAUGAAUUGCAAACAGCACUGAGGGAUAAAAAAUAUGCCAGUGAUAAAUACAAGGACAUCUACACGGAGCUCAGCAUCGUCAAAGCCAAGGCAGACUGCGACAUCAGCAGAUUGAAAGAACAGCUGAAGGCAGCCACCGAAGCCCUGGGGGAAAAAUCUCCCGAGAGCAGCACCGUGUCCGGAUACGAUAUUAUGAAAUCAAAAAGCAAUCCUGAUUUCUUGAAGAAGGACAGGACCAGCAUUGGCCGGCAACUAAGAAAUAUCAGGUCAAAGUCCGUAAUUGAGCAGGCUUCAUGGGAUAACUGAGAAAUGCAGCAGGUUCCAGGGUCCCUGCCAUAGUCUGAAGGAAGGCCUGACGGUGCAGGAGCGCCUGAAGCUCUUCGAAUCCAAGGAGUUGAAGAAAGACUAAUGUUCUCCUUCGUUUCCGGCUUGGCCACGUGCACCGCCUUUCUUGACGCAUCCCGACAUGAGCAUCCUUCUUCUCCCCCGACUCCCAUCUUUUCUUAUGACUUCGCUUCGCUUGGCCAGGAGGCAGGAUUUUUUCUAGAGCCGCUCCACAGAUGAACAGACCGAGCAAUUCCAGACAUUUUUUUUCUGUCUGUCACCAAAGGGAUGAAAUCAUUGUUUCUCAGUCUUAGCCAGUUUAAGAUACAUGGACUUCUGCUCCCAGAAUUCCCCAGCCAGCAUGGGGAAUUCUGGGAGUAGAAGUCCAAGCAUCUUAAACUCGAUGAGGUUGAGAAAUACCAGAUUAAACAGGUUCCUUGACAUGUCCUGAAUGAAAAAGUCCUUACUUUGGGCAAGAAUGCAGGGAGAGAUGGAUGUUUUUCCUCCCUUAAAUAUAUUUAUCUCCUUCCUAGUGUGUAUAUCCACUACAUUUGAGUGUCAGUAUUAAGGCUCAACAGCCUAUUAUAAGCUAGCCCUGUUUUACUGAUGUGUUGGUAUCACAACAGGGCCCUGGGAAAGGGGGAGGGAGGACGCACCUCCAGCUUAGCUCCACCAGUGUUGAAGAGUAACACAGCACUUAGGCGCAUAUAUUGAGCCACUCUGAAACAAACUCAGCUUGGCCAAGCAAGCUCCCCAAUGCUCCCCUGGACGGUCGGGAAACACAACAAGGGGGAAAGAAAAGAGUCUGAGCUGUCCUUGAUCUAUUGUGUGGUUUGCAGAGAUUCAGUCCUUUUGUGUAGUUUAGCAAUCUUCUGAAUUUAUUUUACUAAGCCAGUUUAGAGCCAUGGUUAAGGGGGUGGCAGAUUCCACCUUAGCCAGGAUCUUGGAAAAACAUAGCCCUUAAAACCGCUCGCAACCGUUCUCCUCUUCCAGUUGGGUUCACCUUUUCUCCUAAUUUCAGUGUGUUUGGGGCAUCCAUCCCAGAGAUUUCAGGACAUUUCUCUCGUCUGAUGAGGGCCGAGAAACCAGGUUUUAUCCUAAAGUGCACACCCUCGUUUCUUAAAGGUGACUUUUAAAGAAAAGAAAAAAUGGGUUAUAUCUGUCUUUGAGAAUCUGUUUGGGCCCAAUUUCACCAUGCAACAGUGAUACAAAAAAGAAGAAAGGGCUUGUGAGAGAGGGGAGCUUCCCACGCAGCGAAGGGAUUGGGAAAUUUGAUUUAACAGACCUAACAACAGUAGCAAAGGUGUCGUCUGUAAAUUUCGGCACUGCCUGUGUGAGGGAUAUUCCAUUGCAAAGGAACACAACCCUGAAAACGGGUUGGGAGCUAAGCCCAGUUAAAAGUGGCCUUUAAAAAAAAGACCAGAUUAACCAUGAUCUCAAAGCACCUUUAGUGCUUUUAUCCACUUGAAAUGAAGCAGGUCUAAACGACUUUCUUGGGCCCACCCCAAAAAUGUGAUAUAUUUCUUGAUGCACUGGGAUCCCGAAAGUACACAGCUUUCCCGAAGAGAGGCCCUGGGGUGGAUUAAAAUGUUUUUGCCAACCCCAACGAACAGAACACCUUGGAAGUGGGUGCUUAAAAUUUCAAGAUUAACCGAUCAUCAGCAUUAUGAACAAGCUUCAUUUCUGUCUUCCCAACAUUGCAGAUAAUUCGGGUGCUCCGGCCCAGUUCUACAAAUUUGAGGUCCCUCAAGAUUGGAGUUUUUGCUUUUACUGGGUUGAGUUUCUGCUGCAACCAUCUUUAACUUUGGGGACAAACCCAACUGUGUGAAGUCUUGCUAAUCUCAGCUGGGGUCGGUCCAUUUUCUCUGCAUGCAGCUUUUAGAAUCUUUGGACACCUAGCAGUGAAAUACGUUGUUCCAAAGCAAAAACACCUUAUGGGAUCACCUGUCUCUAGAGGUAGACCUGAAGCAAAAGGAUACCUUAGUAUGCACUACCUUAAAGGCAGCUGGAUAGAGGAGAAUGUAUGGAUUUCUGGUGCCACAACAGUAGUAGUCUGCAAAACGUAGCUGCCCUGAAUGGCUAGGACGAAGGAGACUUUAGAGGUUAGGCUUUUCUUCUUAAAGACAUCUCCUAAAUCUGAGCAGUUUUCCCUAUCCGCCUGCAAAUUGUUGGUUGAGGGUCUAGAAGUGUGCUUCAAAGUCGGUAUGGCAGCCCCAGAGCAAUUGCUAGGAUUGGUGUGUGAACGUUGGCAUAUGGAGGGCAUCUCAGGUGGCUGAAGGAGAAGGCGGUGGUGGCAUCUGCCUCCGAAAUGGUCUUGCAGGCCUCAGUUUUCCUCUCUCCUUCACACAGAUGUCCGGAGAACAGGGCUUCUCACCCUUGGCGUUUUGAAAAUAUCUGGAGUUCAACUCUGAGAAUUCUAUGCUGUGCUGGCUGGGGGGUUCUGGGAGUUGGAAUCCAGGACAACUUCAAAGUUGCCAAGUGGGAAACAUCAGGGCAGAAGAAUUUAAUUUUCCUUGCGCGAUCUUCCUGCAACUCGAUAGCUGUCUGUCGGCAGACAAACCAAGGGUCUCUGGGGAAAAACCCCUGCAGCUCAUCCCGUCCCUUUCUCAAGAACGUCCCAAUUCCGAGAUGGACCCUUCAGACAUGUUUGAAAGCCGGGCAGGGCCACCCCACCUCCAUUCACACAAAACUUGACUUUACUGCUGCGAGCGAAAGGGGGCUGUCCCUACGCAACCAAGCCAGUGGGGUGUUUGGGAAAGAGCCAUAUUUCUUUCACGGCUCUUAAAAAGGCGUGUUUGGAGGGAGGUUGCUGCCUUUUCAUCCAGUUCUGUCCUUUGGGGGUUGAAAUGUGUAUUCUUGAUGGGAGGUUUGGCACUGGUUGGAUGUACCACCGUGCAAACACACCGGAAAUACAGCUUUGGGGAUGUUGUCCACGGCCGAUCUUGACACUUUUUUCUUCUUCUUCCCUUGUUUCAAAGCAGGACUCUUUUGUCUUUUCUUAACGACAUUUUGCUUUCCUUUUGUCCUGCUAAGAAAUAAAAGGAGGACCACUUGUGCUGAUCCGAGCAGGCUGUUUUUCCUAUGACAGAGGCUGCCUUCAAGCAGCCCUGUGUGGUGUUUUGGGGGGCGGGGGAAACGUUGCUUUUUGUAAUGACAAUAUACUUGAUUAGAAUCCCACUGGACUUUUUUUUUUCUCCAUUUCAUAGGCAGUACUUUGUUGUGAACACUUUGAGCACACGCACGCUUCUCUUUCCUUUGUAUUCCCCCCCCUCCCCCCCAUUUUUUUAAAGCUUUGUUAUUCUCUAAAAAUAAUUUAAGACCUGUAUAGUAUUCAAAGCACGCCAUGUAAAUAUUUAUUAUGCAAAAACUCGCGGAGGGUUUUAUGGGAUGACUUUCUUUUUUAAUCUUGUUCUAAUACAGAUUUCCUUUGGAUUUGGGAAAAGGAAAUUAGUGUAACCGAAAUCCUGCUUUGUUCCCUUACAGAAUGUUGGUUGGUUUGUUUGAAUGCUAUAAAUAUAUUUUUAAAUUUCUCUGAUCCUUUUUAGUUUUGGAAAUGCCUCUCCAAAGAAAAAUAUGUACAGUGUUUUAAAACUUAAUGGCUAUACAGUAGUUUUCUUCCUCGUUCACCUCAGCAAGCUUGUAACAGACAGCGACGCAAAUAGCCCGGGCUAUGCAGUUAUGUUGCAGUAAACUCAGUUUAAUGGACUCGUAGGAAAGGCAUUUGUUAGACCUGAAUGUCCAUUAAAUAAUGAAUAGGAUUGUAUGUAUACCUAGAGCGGCCGAUGGAUUUUUUUGUCUGGUGCAUUCGAAAGCUGAUCAACAGGUCCAAUAAAUUGAAGAUUCACUGCAUGUUCACUGAGCAAUGGUGAUAGUAGCGUCUCUUAAGUCAUCAAAGAUACACCACAUUCUCGCACGUUCACCCUGUAGCAGAUUUAAACCAAGCGGUUUUCCAAAGAAAUUAAGUAAUGCUGCCUCUCACCGUCCAUAAAUUUGAAUUAUGCUAUUCUAUACUGUGGUCACAGCAUGGCAGAACGCAGCUGCUGUAGUUUUGAUAGCUGCCUUUAAAGUUGUGCUAUCAUACACCACAAUGGAGCCUCAGAGGGAAAAAAAUAUACCCUUGCUGAUAGAAUGUGAGCCCAUGACUGACCGCAAGAGCCGUGAAAUAUUCCUAAAGUACCUAAGGGAAAAAUCUUGGGUUUGCCAUAGAAUUAGCUAUGCCAUAACUCCACAUCAGUCAAUACGACUUGCUGUUAACAGUGGAGGUCCAUCUGGGUGGUGAGAAUUAGGUGCCAUUUCCCUUUCAAUGGAGUAACACCACCGCUACUUUCAGUGUAAGAAACAACCAUAUAUAAAUGUCUAGCUCGGUCGCUGAGCUGCCAACCAGUUCCUACCCCAUGAACUUGUGGCUGGAGGAGAGGGCGUGGGAGGCUGUGCACAAGGACGUCAGGGGCUACUCAUGAGCGCCUUACUUCAGAAAAGUGUCUUGAGGUCACCGUGUCUGUGUCUGCCUUAAGUCCCGUGUGAGUUUCAUCGCCAAAUUGACCUGAUUGGAUCACCAGGGCUUCUGAGAACUGAGUGUAGGAAUCAUUAAUUCAGUCUUUCUCAACCUUGCUAAGAAUUCUAGGAGUCGGUCCACCCAUCUUAAAAGUUACCACAGUUGAGAAACGCUGCUAUAAUCCAAACCUUCCAGCAAAAUUUAGGGUGUAAGAAGGUGAGCCCAAUUGGAGACCAGGUGGACCCUGUGAAUUAGCUGUCCACUCCAGCAAAGAGGACUGGUGGAAGUCCCAGCAGAGAACGAAUCUUCUCUUUUUCUCAACGAAUGUGUUUUGGAUCUAGUGAGAUUCUGAAUGGCGUCUUUUCAUGCUUUUAAGGGAGCCAGUUCCCCCUUCAGCGGGUAGAAGCACCACUUUGGUCACAGUAUUUAUUCCUUACAAACCUUGUGUGACAUGCUAGGGUUCCCAUGGAUGUAGCUGAUGAUUUUGUAAAUAUAAUUACUUAACUAUACAUAAAAUUAUAUCGUAAUAAACUAUUUU